AUGGACUCGUUACAAUGGAUCCUGCCUUCUAGCGACUUCUGGCACUCAACCACCUUCUGGAUCUAUCUCUUCUGGGGCGUCUGGCAAGUUCCAUCCUCUUCUACAACCUCCCACUCAAAGCCGAUCCCGGCUAAACCCACCUUCACCAGCAAGGAUGUCACAGUGGUGAUUCCCACCAUCCAUAAUGUGUUUGAGGAGCUCCGGCCCUCACUGGAGAGCAUUCUUGCCUGCGACCCUUUUGAGAUGAUCCUUGUGACCACAGAUGAGAAGCGGCAGGACCUUGAAGUCCUGGUUAACUCCAUGGCUAGAUCCAACAUCCGAGUCCUCUCCACACCUAUUGCCAACAAGCGACUCCAGGUCUGCGAGGCUCUUCCCAAGGUCAACACUCCCCUCACCAUCAUGGCAGACGACGACGUCACUUGGCCUUCCACCCUGAUGCCUUGGAUCCUGGCCCCCUUCGAAGACCCCAAGAUUGGCGGCGUCGGAACCUGCCAACGAGUACGCCGUGAGUGGGAUGCUCCAUGGUCGACCCAGAUCUGGAACUGGCUUGGUGCAGCUUACAUUGAGCGACGUAACUUUGAAAUCUCGGCAACUCACAACAUCGACGGCGGCACUUCUUGCAUGUCUGGACGCACUGGAGCCUACCGGUCAGAGAUUCUUCGAAGCCACGAGUUCCUCCAUGGUUUUAGGAAUGAGAAAUGGAGAACCUGGAUUCUGAAUGCCGACGAUGACAACUUCGUCACCCGGUGGCUGGUGAGUCACCAGUGGAAGACCUGGAUCCAGUACAACCGGGAGUGCGAGAUUGAAACCACCCUUGAGAACGGGGUCAAGUUUCUGUACCAAUGCUCCAGAUGGGCCCGCAGCAACUGGCGUAGCAACUGGACGAGCAUGGUCCGCGAGAGGUACAUUUGGAAACAGCAGCCAUGGUGCACCUACGCUCUCCACAUUGCAACCUUCACUUCGCUAGCCUUUAUCUCGGAUCCCCUGCUGCUUGUGUCCUGUUGGUAUGCCACAGCCAAUUGGGACCUGCAGAACCGCCAAUAUGCAUUCUGGGCCCAAUUCGUCUUCAUGUUUGCUUUCACCAAGGUGGUGAAGCUGAUGGGGUUGUUCAUCAGAAACCCGAGCGACAUCAUCUUCUGGCCCGUGUCGGUUGUCUUCGGCUAUUUCCAUGGCCUCAUCAAGCUCUAUGCUCUAGUCACUCUUAACAUGACAUCCUGGGGCAGCCGUGAGGAUGGUGACACCAACGACGACAAGCGUAUGGCACCCCCGCCACAGCAAUCCAUUGUAUUGAAGACCCCUCCUGGAACAACCUCGCUUGUGCGCUACAACAUUCGCCAGAAGGGACGGCAGACGUUGCGCGAAGUGAAGGGUGGCGAACAGGAGAAGGAGAAGCAUUAUGCUACUUACGACUCGGGGACAUCUUACAUCCCCCACAGAAUUCUGGAGAAGCCAUGA